AUGAUGGGGGUGGAUCAAGAGUCGUCGUCCAGCAUACCUCCCGGGUUUAGGUUUCAUCCGACAGAUGAAGAGCUUGUUGGAUAUUAUCUCAAGAAGAAAGUCGCUUCCCAAAGGAUUGAUCUCGACGUUAUCAGAGAAAUUGAUCUCUACAAGAUCGAACCAUGGGAUUUGCAAGAGAAAUGUAGGAUAGGGUACGAGGAGCAAAAGGAGUGGUACUUCUUCAGCCACAAAGACAAAAAGUAUCCGACUGGGACGAGAACUAACCGAGCCACCGUGGCUGGUUUCUGGAAAGCCACGGGCAGGGACAAGGCCGUUUACCUCAACUCCAAACUCAUCGGUAUGAGAAAGACUCUCGUCUUUUACCGUGGUCGAGCUCCUAACGGCCAAAAAUCCGAUUGGAUCAUCCACGAAUACUACAGCCUCGAGUCCCAUCAGAACGCUCCUUCUCUGGAAGAAGGAUGGGUAGUGUGUAGAGCAUUUAAGAAACGAACGACUGUCCCGACAAAAAGAAGACAGCUUUGGGAUCCAGACUUCUAUUACGAUGCUACUCUCUUGGAAGCUCUCGACAAGAACGUCCUCAAGCGAGCCAAACAUAACACUGAUUUCGCCUUCACAACGUUUAAGCAAGAAUUACUCUCCGAGGCCAACCACAACGUCGAUGAUAGAGACUUGAGCUCCAUGUACGAUCAAUUCUCCCAGCUCCCUCAGCUAGAGAGCCCCUCUCUUCACCCGCACAAGUUGCCGGAAAUGGUUCCCCACAGUACCAUUUCUGAAAACAGCCGCGGGGAAGAUGAAAUGUGUGCCGAGAAGAGGAUCACGGAUUGGAGAUCGCUUGAUAAGUUCGUGGCAUCUCAAUUCUUGAUGAGUGGCGAAGACUAA